CUGAGCGCCCCCGGGGAGAAACGUGUGAAUAAAAGCAAACGAACCGAAAAGACCCGCAGCGAAUGAACCGACUGCAAAAUAAAAAGAGAACGAGCGAAAAACAGCAACAAGCGAAGAAACACUGACAAAAAAAAAAAAAAAAAAGAAAAAGAAAAAACGAACCAAGCGAUCAAGCGUGAACGACGUAAACAACCGAAAAGGUACCAAAAGCGAAGCGCCAAUGAAUGACCCGACCGAAUAACCGAGACAGAACGGCCAAAAAAAUACAAAAAAAAAAAGACCAACGAAAAAGAUUAAAGAGAAACCACACCCCCCCCCCAAGGCAAAAACACCCGGAGCAAAACCGAAACCGAACCGCCCCGCUCGCUGCCCACGGGACGACAGCGGCGGGAGGACGGCCGGGCGGCGGUGCCGGAGGGGGACGGGAGAGCGGCGCGGGGGCAUGGAGCGCGCAGGGCGGAUCACCGACAGCUUCCCGCGGCGGCACCGCGCGCAGACACGCGCCGACGGCAAAGAGCGGAGCGCGGCGCGGCGGCGGCGCGGCGGAGACGGGCGCCACCGGGGGGUCCCGCCGACCCCGCCCCCGCCGGCCACCCCCCGCCCCGCGCCGGAGGACGGCCGGGACCCCUCCGCCCCGCCACGCGAGGCCCCGCCAGAGCUGCUGGAGAUGCUACGGCAGUUCGACCUGGCCUGGGAGUACGGGCCGUGCACCGGCAUCACCCGGCUGCAGCGCUGGGAGCGGGCGCGGGCGCUGGGGCUCAGCCCGCCGGCCACGAUCCGCGACGCCCUGCUGGAGCACCGCGACGACCCCGCGGUCACGUACAGCCUGUGGCACGAGUACGGUCUGUGAGCGGACGGCGAGACGGCGGCUCUGCUCUGCUACGGCGCCGCGGUCCCGGCACGCCGCCGCUGGCUGAAUAAAGCGGUGAGUGCGUUAA